AUGAUUAACCGUGCCCACCUCUACCAGCUUAUGGCGAGGCAGUUGCACGACGAUGGCAACUACCUUGCUAGUGUCCUCUUCCAGCGUUCCACGGCCACCCCAUUCCCUCAUUUGCCCGCAGAGUCCCCGUCUCUCCUGCAGCUCGUGAAUCAUUCUCUCGGAAGCACCAGGGGUGUAAGCGAGGUUCAAGGACUCCUUGGUAGCGUCACAUCCAUUGCAGACACGCGUCAGCACUCUCUAGACAGCGGCUUAGCCGGGUCUCGUACAGGCGCCUCUCAGGCCCCUGGGUUUUACGAUCCAAGUAUGCUUCACCACUUCUCUGUGCGGCACGAAGGUAAGUACCAAGACAAGGCCACUUUCAGCAAGUUUUCAGGAGAUGGGAAGUACCUGAUCAGCGGGGCUGCAGACGCGUGCCUCAAGCUGGUUAACGUUGGCAUUGCAGUUCUUUCUGGGCAAGCACUUAAGGAAAAGUACCGCCGCACAUAUUACGGUCACUUCGGAACAGUGACCGACGCAUCUUUCCAUCCUUACGCCCACGUUGUCGCUUCAUGCAGCAAAGAUUCGACUAUCAGACUAUACUCAACGCAGCCAAAGGACGUCGUCCCCAGAGACAUGCUAGAAACAUUCGACCUGGCCACCAGUUUGACAUCAGUAGCUUGGAAUCCCUGUGGAACAAUCCUUGCAGCAUCAUCGGGAAACGAUUCUCAGAUACGUCUCCUUGACAUCAACAAGUAUGAGCGAGGCGCAGGAAUACCUAUCACGAACCCGAUAUCUGGCGCGUCCUCCAUUUCGGCCGUCGGAUUCAACAGCCAACUGGUCUCUGCAAGCCUCAUGUGGGCGACCUAUGGGGGAGGUAUAGUGUUCUAUGACAUACGGAGUGGAAAGACCCUUGCAGACCUCCAUGGCGGCGGCAGAGCAGCAGCCCAGGGGGUAUCCUUUAAGGGGUCGAGGCGAAACGUAUCCGCACACUUCCUCGGGGACGGGUAUCGCUACCUACUUUCUUCGGACGAUCCAUGUGAGCUGUAUGACAUCAGAGACGCAUCUCGGCCGGUCUGUGUGUUCCCAGAUAUUAGGCAAUGCGCAACGACCAUGUGGAAUGACACCAUCAUUGUUGGGCUUAAUGCCGAACAGCGUCCAAAGGCCGUCGGGUGCUUCCUCAGCAGACCAGGACCGGCAACGAUCCUAGACACCAAGUUCAACCUAUCGCACUGCAGCGGCCACCCAACAGAGCCAAUUUUCGCGUUUGUCUACGAUAAGACAGUUCACAUUUCUUAUUGCGGCAGAGACGCGGGUCAAAGGUAG